UUUUGCUUUUUAUUUCACUUCGGGCAAAUUUUUUAAACUUUUCGAUUCAUACUUUUAUUAAUUAUUAAACUUUAAUGAAUCAAUGAAUAUAGGCAAAGGACAUAGGAUUUCAUUAUUUUAAGUAAUAUCUAAAGAACAGUCCUUUAGCUGUUGUAAAUAAAGCAUUGUGAUUUGUGAAAUGGCGGACUCUGCGCCUGUGAACGAAGUUUUAUGCGAAGCCGUGCAAUAUUUAUUAAAACUCGGAUCCAAUUUGCGGCAACGUUCCGAAAUUUUGAAAGAAAAACGUGUACGGAGAGAUAAGCUAAGAAAUACACAUGCCGUACAGAAGGCUACGAGUAAAGUUUUACUAUUAUGUGAAUUGGCAAAAAAAUCAAUAGUCAAUGUUGAAUCUAGUGUCAAAGCCAUCCAGGAGAGAAUCGAGAACAUGCAAGCGCAUAAUAUUGGCGCGAAAACAUCAGUUUCGGAAAAUAUUUCUGUUUAUGAAUAUUUUACAUACAACUCCAAGAGACUGAAAUGUCGUAAUAAAAUAAGUAUGAAACAUUAUUCGUCAGCCAAUGUAUAUGUUUCAAAAAUGCCGACUGCAAUUCAAGAUAAAUAUCCCGUGUUCUAUGAUUGUAAAUUAUUUCGAUUAAGAUUAAAAUCGCAAAAAAUUGACGAUCUUAAUGUUGAUGACAAUAAUGUUAAUAACCCCAAUGACCAGAAUAUUCAAGAAAAUGAAUCUAUGGAACCAAAAGUUAAUAAAUGUGAUGAGGAACUUGUAAGUAAUAAUAAAAAAAUUGACAUGAAUACUACACUAGACUGUGAAAAUGAGGAGAUUGAUUCUAAUGACAAGAUAAAUAUUACUUCAAAAAAGAAAGAAAUUCGUAAAACUGUAACCAAUCUUGAACAUAAUCCUAAUAAAAAUAUUAUUCAGGAGGAAGACUCUGAGGACAAUCAAAGUAAUGAUUGCGCCAAUAUAUCUCUCUCCAAUGAAAAAAAUCCCUCUACUCAAAAAGGAGAGUGUCAUAAUAACAUUUCUAGUGCUGAAAAAUGUCCCAGAGAAAAGUCUAAAAGUAUUGAUAAUCAUGGUGCUAAUAAAAUAAACUGUAAAAUGUCUAGUGGUGAAGAUAAAUUUAUGACGGAGGAAGAGAGGAAUCAAAGUGAAUGUUUACCCAUUAAUGAUAAAGAAAUUAAAAACUGUUCAGCUCAAGAAAUCAAUAACAGUAGUGAAUCUAAAUUUGAUAAUGCAGAUGAAAAGCCUGAGGCCCAUGUACCUUUUAUUGAAACCAAUGAAGUGAGUGGAAAUAAUAUUGAAAUCUCCAAAUCAAAAAAUGAUUCCCAUGAAGCGUCCAUUCUGGAAAAUACAAAUUCAAGAAGUUAUGAAAGUGACAAAAGUGUGGAGUCUGAUAUUUCUAAAAAAUCAUAUAUUAAAUGUGUCAAUAUAAAUAAAUUGUUACGACCAGAAAAGAUAUCCUCCCCUGAGAAUAUUACAAGCAAUAUGGUUAGUAAAACUAAAAAAUUUUCAAUUAAAGAAAAGUGUCUAAAAAAAGAUGAUGCACAAAUGAAAUCUGUACAACACAUGGCAUUAAAAAAUUUUAAACCAAAAAGUUUUUCUGUAAAUAUAGUAAGACUCCCAAAAUUAGAUGAUAAAUUUCUUAAAAGCCAUAACUUAAAAAAAAUUCUGCAAUUUAAACCAGUUAAAUGUUAUAUUUAUUCAAAAUCUUGUUCUAAAAAUGACACUAUUAUUAAAAGUAAAACAGAAUCUAGUAGAACUUAUAGCAAGAAAUUUAAAAAAUCUGUUGUCAAUGAAACACGGGAUAAACUCACAGAUUCUGUAAUGUCUAGUAGUAAUGAGAAAAAGUCCGUAGAAUCUAACAUUUAUGAAAACCAAGACAAAGACAUUGAUACUAUAAAGAAUUCUUUAUUAAAUGGUUCAGACCAAACAGAUGAAGAAAUAAGGCAAGUCAAUGAAAAAGUAAAAAAUUCACUCCUUUGUGAUUCUGAUUCUGAUAAUGGUCCAAAAUUUCUAAAAAGAGGUAGCAAAAAUAGCAACAAUUCAGACAAAUGUUCAGGUAAAAACAAUUCAACUAAUGAUCUAUCAGAAAAAAAUAGUCAUAAAAACUCAUCUCAGAAUGAUGAUGAAUUAGAUAGUCAUGAAAAACUUACACAAAUGGUGGCCAAUAAUAGAAGGAAUUCUCAAAGAAUUCUUAGAACACCAGAUAGAGAGAUUGAUAAGCCCAGCGAUAAGGAUAAGGUCAGUUCAACACAAUCAGAAACAACACCAAAGAAUAAACGGAAACGAAAGAGUGGUAGUACACCACCCUCAACUCGUAAGAAAAUUAUGGAGAGUAUGCAUGCAAAAAAAAUGUUACUUACAUAUUCCUCUAGUUCUGAUACAGAAGAUGAACAAUUGAGGAAUGUCUUCAAGGAAAUUAAAGAUGAACUGCUUAAGGACAAAUCAAAUUCAGAUGAUGUUUCUAAAAAUAAGAAAAGUCAAUUAGCAUCAGAUGGGUCACUGAAGCAUAUGAAAAAAACUAAGGAUAUUAAAAACAAAAUGGCAAAAAACAUAGUGUCACCAGAAUCAUCUAAUCUUGAAAGCCAACGAGACGACAGUAGUAAUUCCACAUAUACCAAGAUGGGCCGUUCUAAAGAUAAAUUGGACAGCAGCAGUCAACUUUCACAUAAUGAAGACUCAGAUAAAGACAUUAAAGGGUUAACAAACCUUCGGACAUUGAAAAAGUCGCAUCGUCGUCGGCGGCGCUUGACGUCGUCGGAUCGCAGUCGCAGCCUCAGGUCCAAGACGGCCAACAUGCCGAAAGCGCCGGUCAUCGGCGAAGAGGUGCUCCUGCAAGCGGAGUCUAGCUCCGAUGCGGCGUCCGUCGCUUCUAAUGAUGGGGAGGUUGAGGACUUACCAAGAGUUCCCGUGGCGGGUUUGAAUGGAGAUGGUAUGGACCAUUUGGCUAAAGACGACUUAUUAGGCGACAGUGACUCCUCAAAUUCGCAAAAUCAAACUCAGAAUUCGCAGGAUGACAAAGAAGGCGAAUCGGAAGACGAUAAUGUAAAAUCAAAGAGGCGCAAAGCGAACGCAAUAUCGUCGGAUUCAGAGGCGGGCUCCUCGAGGCGAAAGGACAAGCGGUUGAGCGACUUUGAGGAUUCCGAGGAUGAUGGUUCCGAACCGGUUAAGAAGAGUAAGAGGAAGAAAAAGAAUAGUGAUAGCGACGCGUCCGCCGGCUCUGGAGAUGAAGGUAAAAAGAAAAGGCGUCGAAUUAAAAACGUAGAUGACAGUGAGGGAUCUGGAUCUGAGACUGAAAAUGAAGGACGAAAUAAGCACGGGAGAAAGAAUAUACGAAAGGUUAUGGGUAAAAAUCAACUAGAAGAAGCAACAAAGAAGGCAGCUCGUGAGGAAAAGGAAAGGAUUGCUAGAAUCGCUGAAAGACAAAAAUUGUAUAAUAAUUUACAAUUUGAUGAGUCCGGUAAACCAGAUGAAGUUGUUUUGGAUAAAGUUGUGCUGGACUUUGACCCCGAAACAAAAGAGCCUCUCAUCGAGGUUGACAAGGGAUUGGUUAAGAAAUUGAAACCACAUCAGGCUAACGGUAUAAAAUUUAUGUGGGAUGCUUGUUUUGAAAGCGUCAAACGGAUUAAAAAAGACAAGGGUUCUGGUUGUAUUUUGGCGCAUUGUAUGGGUCUUGGAAAAACAUUACAGGUUGUGUCUCUUACACACACAUUGUUAACUCACAGUGAUUUAACAAGUGUAAAUCGAGUGUUAGUUGUGUGUCCGCUGUCAACUGUACUGAAUUGGGUGAAUGAGUUCAAAAUGUGGCUGAAACAUGCUGAGACUGAUUAUGAAGUCGAUGUUUAUGAACUGUCUAGGUUCAAGCAGAAUUCGGACAGAGCGUUCCAGUUACAGCAAUGGUUCCAGCACGGCGGAGUUUGCGUGCUCGGCUACGAGAUGUUCCGAAAUCUCUCGUCGGACAACACCAAGAAAUUCAAGAAGAAGAUGCUGAAGAGCUUCCAGGAGAGCCUGGUGGAUCCAGGUCCCGAUUUGGUUGUGUGUGACGAAGGGCAUUUGUUGAAGAACGAGAAGACGAGCCUAUCGCAAGCCAUGAACAAAGUGAAAACGUUGCGUCGCAUCGUGCUCACGGGCACACCGCUACAGAACAAUUUGAAAGAAUAUUAUUGCAUGGUACAAUUCGUGAAGCCGAAUCUUCUGGGGAAAUACAAUGAAUACUUGAACAGAUUCGUAAAUCCCAUUACGAACGGUCAAUACACGGAUUCUACGGAGCACGAUAUAAGGAUUAUGAAACGCAGAUCCCACGUCUUGCACAAGAUGUUGGAUGGUGCUGUGCAGAGGCGAGAUUACGGUGUACUUGCGCCUUUUCUCCCGCCAAAACACGAAUAUGUGCUCUUCAUUACCCUCGCCGAGGUGCAAACUAAACUCUACCAGCACUAUUUAGACAAUUACUCGAGACGACCUCUGGCGGGAAAAUCGUCCGGUUUUCUCUUCCCCGACUUCCAGUCCUUGCAGCGGAUAUGGACGCACCCGCUCGUACUCAAAUAUAACUCGGAAAGAUAUGAAAUUAUGCAACAGAAAAAGAGAGAAAGAGAGGAAGAAGAUUCUGAAGGUUCAUUGAAAGAUUUUAUUGAUGAUGAGUCCACUUCAGAGGAAUCUACCACAGAAGAGUCGACAGAUGAGUCGUCAUAUUUGAGCGAUGACAGCCGAAAGAAAAAUAAAAAAAAGAAAUCUCCUAAGAAGAGUAAGGCUAGGUCUACGCGGAGAGGGACGCGAGCAAAUCCUGUGGAAGCAGAAGAUGAUGACAUACAGGAAGUUGUGGAAGUGAAGAAUGAGAAUCCAACUGAGUGGUGGAUGCCGCUGGUCUCUGAGGAGGAGCUGGACGACAUGAGGAACUCCCACAAGCUGAUACUGCUUUUUGACAUCCUGCGGCAGUGUGAAGCAAUCGGGGAUAAAUUGUUGGUGUUUUCGCAAUCUCUAUACUCAUUGGAUCUGAUAGAACAUUUCCUUGGAAAAGUGGACGAAGCAACCCAAGAGGCGAGAGUAGACGAAAAACUGGGAGGACAUGUCGGUUCAUGGUCACCUGGCAUAGACUACUUCAGAUUGGAUGGUUCAACGUCUUGUGAGAAUAGAUCUAUAUGGUGUAAAAAUUUCAACAGAGAAGACAAUCCAAGGGCAAGGUUGUUCCUAAUAUCGACACGGGCUGGUGGUCUCGGUAUAAACUUGGUGGCUGCGAAUCGGGUGGUUAUUUUCGACGUCUCUUGGAACCCCUCGCAUGAUGUUCAGAGUAUUUUCCGUGUGUACCGUUUCGGACAGAAGAAACCAUGCUAUAUUUACCGGUUUUUGGCUAUGGGUACCAUGGAGGAAAAAAUCUACGAGCGGCAAGUAACAAAGCAGGCGAUAUCCAAGCGUGUGAUCGACGAACAACAAAUAGACAGACACUAUGCAGAGAACGAUUUGGCCGAGUUGUACAAGUUUGAGCCGACGCCGCCGCAGCCCCGCCCCAUACCGCCCCUGCCGAAGGACAGACUGUUCGCCGAAAUGCUGAAGGAACAUGAACAAUGUAUAUACAAAUACCACGAGCACGACUCGCUACUCGAAAACAAAGAGGAAGAGACACUCACAGAGGAGGAGAGGAAGGCGGCUUGGGAAGACUUCGAGAAUGAGAAAACGAGACCGCCCGUUGUUCCCUUCACAUCACCAUAUGCUAUGCCUAAUGGAAUGAUGUCCAAUUACCUCGCCGCACAGCAACAGUCGCUGGCGUACGCGUUAGCGGCGAUACGCAAGGAGUCGCCCAACAUCAGCGAGAAUCAAUUGCGAGAUCUGAUGCCCCUUUUAUAUAAUGCCAAUCCACAGAUGUUCGCUGGAUAUGAUUAUAGUUUAAUGCAGAAAAUGAGUGAAAUGUACAAAUAUCAACCCGGAAUGAUGAAUCCAGGACUAAUGAAUUCAGUUAUGAAUCCAGCGGGCGGCGGCGCGGGCGGCGGCGGCCUGGGCAUGGGCGGCACGAGCGGCCUGCAGUACGAGCCGCCCUGGCAGCGCCAGCAGCAGAUGCGCCUGCAGCAGCUCAUGCAGCAGCAGCAGAACCCGAUGGCGGCGAAGUACUACGCGGGCGGGCUCGGCAGCCGCGACCCGGUGGCGAUGGCGCUGCAGCACCAGCGCGCGCGCGAGAUGAUGCUGGGCGAGCGCUCGGCGCGCCCGCGCGGCCGCCCGCCGCUCGCGCCGCGCCCCAAGCCCAGCGACGACGUCGUCAACCUCGACUCCGACUAGGCGCACCGCAGCAACAGUGAAACUAUGAAAUAAGUGUACAGUGAAUGAUAUUAAGGUGCUAAGCAGCAAAAUGAAGAUGUCGUAGAGAUUACAACCGGCAUAACGACAGACAAACCAUGGGCGUAUUCAAUGUAGCCUUCAGCUUGCGCUACACCACAUAUCAUGAAUCUCAUAACAUUUAGCCAAUUUUUCGUACAAUAUUAGAUUCUCACUAGAGCGAUGUCUCGUAUGAGUGCAGCAGUUGUAUGAAGUUUUUUAUCAUGGAACGUAAUUAUAAAGGUUUUAUUCAAUCAGAUUUAACUUAUAUGAUAAUUAUAUAUUCAUUGGGUGCAAUUAUCAAAUUCUAUGUUUCUGUAUGAAAUCAAUAAUUUGAAAUACGAUGUUUUGUACUAAUUUUUUUUAAAGACAAUUUAGCAAUACACACUGUUAAAUCACAUAUCAAAAAGAAUCCCUGAGGCCCUAAUGAAAGUCUAUACUUGCAUAUGUAUAUUCUUAUUUGCACAAGUACUGUAUAACAUAAUGAAAAAACUAAUUUUUAUGAGCAACAUACUAUAAAUAUUUGGAAAUUUGAUUAUUCAAAAAGCAUUGUUGUAAAUAUCAGUAGAAAUGUCAGCAUUUUUAGAAAUAAGACAUCUUACUGUGGUAAUAAUUGUGUUUUCCUUUUAAUCAUGUUUUGCUAACAUGAUUUUCUAUAUAAGUGUGAAUGUUUGUGCAGAUAUAGAUGAGGACAAAAAUUGAACAGGCAACUUAUUAGUGACAAAUCACUAUAAGUAUACUACAAUCAUUAUAGACUAAGCAAAUAAGACAUUUUUAUCAACUAUCAACUAUAAAUCUAAUUAACGAUAGUAUCUUACGUUAUAGUGUUUAAGUUUAAAUUAACAAUUUUUUUUGUUGGAAGAUAAUUUGGAAAAUAAUUGCUCAUCUAUUUUUGACUUGUAUCUGCACAAACAAACUGGUAUGAAAGUCAGUAACACGGACUGGUGUUAAAGUAUAGUAAGACCAAUUAUUUAUACAAAAAAAAGAAGUAUUAAAGCUUUUUAUCAAAGUGACAUGACAAACAUUUUUUAAACAUAAUUAAGUUUUAGGUGUUGAAUUUGAUUCAUUUUUUUUUUUGCAUUUAGUAUUUAACUUCUUGAUUAUUGCAGAUCUUAGAGUAAAUAAUGUCAGCCUACUAAUAAAUGUAUAUUCAGUACAGGAAGUUAGCAUUAAGGCAUAUUGAUAGUAGUUGUCUUAUGUUUAGGUGGAAGUGAGCCAACUGUGCAAUGAAAUAGUUUGCUUUGAACGCAAAACUUAUAUGCUUCAUUCAUGUAUGUAAUAUCUAGAUAUAAAAUAACAAGCAGGGGCUUAGAAACUAAAUUUUAUCCGGUUUUUUUAUGAUAAAUUAUUUUUGGAUAAUUUAGGAUGAUUAAAUAUCCCAUUCAUUCCAUUAUCAAUUGAUUUAUAUGAUUACAAAUUACUGUCAACAAAAGGUCUGUCAUUGUGAGUAAGUUUUACUAAUUGUGAUUAUGUGAGAACUAUUUAUUUGGCUCGAAUAACGGGCAGUUUAGUUGUGAUAUCACUUUUUCUUACACUUUUGUAUACGUUUAUGUUAAUGUGUCACUCUGGUGACUUUAAGAUUUUGAAAACUAAAAUAGUUACAUAUUCUAGAGUAUUUCAUUGUAUUUACCUGUGUGAUGGAUAAUUUUAAGUGUUUAAUUCUUUUUUUUAUACUAAAACAUUACAUUCUGAAUGUUGUUUUUAUUUCAUAUAAGUUACAUAAUAUGCUAGAAUUUAUUCUAAUGUUUAUUUAUAAGUUAUAUACAUUUUUUUAUAAAUGAGCAGUAUUUGAGUUAGACAUUAAGUACUUUACUGGUAAUCUUACUUAAGUGAUUAUUAAAGGCAAACUCUCCUUAAAUUUCGCACACAUGUGAAGACACAAGUUUUCACUAUAUAUUAUGUAAUAUAUAAUAUAAUGGUAACUGUAGAAAACUUCCUAUUAUUUUGUAGUAAAAUUGAAGUAUAAUAAAUAAUUUUAAAUGU